UUGGUUUGAUUGUAUUUAUUCAUUCGUAUAGUUUAGAUACGUAUAUCACUAUUUUAUAAGCUGAAUAUUAUUCGGAUAUGUCUGCAAAUGAAUUAAAAUAUGAAAGUUUGUCGAUGUCAACCAUGUCGCCUGAAACUGCGUUGAAACUGUUUGAGAAUUGUGCAUUUUUAAUAAUUGCCGGUGUACCUCCUGGAACCGAGUUUGGCAUAGAUCUUAAAAGCUUCUACGUUGGUGAAGAUUUCCGCGGAGUUAAAUUGAUUCCGGAAGGUGUACAUUUCGUUUACUGCUCUUGCCGUGGCCCGUACGGAGACAUGGCACCAAGGGUCGGGUUCAUACACUUUUUCAAGCGUGGAGAGAUAUUAAUUCGAGAAUGGGAUAAUAAUACAGAGGAACUUCGUCAUCGAGUUCAUGAUCACAUUGAAACUGAACUGCAAAACAUUAAAAGAAAUCUUAGAAGUCUAGAUGGGUACUUGGCACCAUAUGAUUAUGAUGGGUACGUGAAAUGGAGUAAGUUAUCGGCUAACAUCACAGAAGAAACAAUUCGCAGACAUUCUCCAGACAGUGGAAUAAUACGUAACACAAUAGAACUUCUUUCAUGUUCUGAUGCUGACCGACCAAGAGGGGUAAAUUCAGAAGCAACUUCGCCAAGGUCAAGAAUUCGUAUGUCCGUGGAUGCGGAAGAGUUGCUUCCCAAACUAAAAGCCGUACCUGGAACUACACCAAAAUUUACUUGCCUUCCUCAUCGUUGUCCUGAGGGUGCAUCUCCUGCAGAAGUAUCAAUGCAUUAUAUAGAUUCCAUAGCAGCUGUCGAAAUGCUCCUGAGCAACCGCGAGAAAGAAUUUUUCGAAGAAAUUGAGUUUACCUUUGUAUUAUUUGUUUGCUGCCAUUCCAUAGAAGCGUUAAACCAUUGGCGGAAAAUUUUGCUUCUUUUAAGCAAUUCCGAAAAGGCAGUAGAAAAGUAUAAAGGCUUUUACAAAAACUAUCUCACAGUUUUACAGUAUCAGCUGGUUGAACUUCCAAUCGAACUCAUGGAACAGACUCAAAACAAUACGGUGUACUUGGAUGUGAAGCGGUUAGUUCUUAACUGUUACCAGGCAGGAAUUACAAGUGUUGCCCAGCAACUGGAAAAAAGUGUAAGAGAAACUUUAUUAUGGAAAUUUGACAAUUUGUUCGAAGAAGAUCCUGAUGACAUGCCUACCAUAGUAGAAUUUUAGAUAAAUAAAUACUUAAAUGUUACAUAAA